UCCAGGCUCUUGUGAAGUUUUGUUUUCGCUUCUGUUUUUAAACUUGAAGUUUAAACAAAGUUGAGCUAUUCGUAUUAUCAGUUCACAAAACAUUAUAUCCUGGGUAUAUGUGAGUCCCCUAUCUUGGUGAGUUGGUUCGUUGUUGAUUUGUUUAUUUUUUUUUAAUUAUUUUUUAUCCCUGUUCCCUGACCACACUCAUCACUCCCUGAAUGGGCAAGGAUUGGAAUGUGUAUCUUUUUAUUAUAUUGUGUUCUUGAAAAAUGUAUAUUGCGUUAUGUGCAUAUAUUUUAACAUAAAUGAUAUUGUUAUAUAACUCUUUCUGUUUCCUACUUUUGUCUUCUGUGUUUUUAGUACCCAUCCCUGUUCUUAGGUAUACUACUAGUGCAUUGUUAACGGCUCCACAAUGCUCAUGGCAUGUACCUACCACACUUUGCCUAUUCAUUAGAGAUUGGAGUCUCACUUCUGAGUCAAGAAAAGCAGACAAAUAUCCUCAAGUUUGUUUUCUCUUUUUUUGCUUGCUCUUGGAGUAUUUUCUGUGUCUGUGCUGGGUGAAGGGGAUAUAAUGACCUAAUUUAAAGAAGGAAACAAAGGAAAAAGGAUGUGAUCAGAAUUGUAAAUCAUUUAGUAUAAACAGGGUUAAGGUUAGGUGUUUUAGAUUCAACACUGUACAGUAGUAGAGUCCGCAGGCUUACAUCUGCUCAGACUUGCUGGGUUCUAAUCUUGGCUCGUCUACUUACCAACUCUGUAACUGAGGUAAGUUACUUAAACCCUUUGAGCAUCAGUUUCUUCAUUUGUAAUAUGAGUAUAAAAAUAAUACAUUUCUCAUACCAAUCCAGAUAGGCUAUAUUACGCUACUAACAAACCACUCCCAAAUCCCAAGGGAUUAAAAUCACAGAAGAUAUUUCUUGCUCACGUUAUGUGUCUGUCAGUGUCCACUGGGGCCUCUACUCCACGUUGCUUUCUUCCUCACUGCAGGACCUUGGUUGAUGGAGUGACCACCAUCUAGAUUUCUGGUUGCUGAGACAGAGGGAAAAGAAAGCUCUGGAGACUCACACAGGGGAUUAGAUACUCAGCCCACAGGAACCUGCAGAGUCCUGACACACGCCAGAUAGCCGCCAAACAAGCCAUCUCCAUGCUAAUGAGACCCCUUGCUGACCUGCUCAGGGCACAUUGAGAAGGAAGGGGAUAAAAAAUUUAUCAUUGCAAAUGCCAGAGUGCAGAACUGUGCCAUCAUCUACUGCAACGAUGGGUUCUGCGAGAUGACUGGUUUCUCCAGGCCAGAUGUCAUGCAAAAGCCGUGCACCUGCGACUUUCUCCACGGGCCUGAGACCAAGAGGCAUGAUAUUGCCCAAAUUGCCCAGGCAUUGCUGGGGUCAGAGGAGAGGAAAGUGGAGGUCACCUACUAUCACAAAAAUGGAUCUACUUUCAUUUGUAACACUCACAUAAUUCCAGUGAAAAACCAAGAGGGCGUGGCCAUGAUGUUCAUCAUUAAUUUUGAAUAUGUGACAGAUGAGGAAAAUGCUGCCUCCCCAGAGAGGGUAAACCCAAUCUUACCAGUCAAAACUGUAAACCGGAAACUUUUUGGGUUCAAGUUCCCUAGUCUGAGAGUUCUCACAUACAGAAAGCAAUCCUUACCACAAGAAGACCCCGAUGUGGUAGUAAUCGAUUCUUCUAAACACAGUGAUGAUUCAGUAGCCAUGAAGCACUUUAAGUCUCCUACAAAAGAAAGUUGCAGCCCCUCCGAAGCAGAUGAUACGAAAGCCCUGAUACAGCCCAGCCAAUGUUCCCCCUUGGUGAAUAUAUCUGGACCUCUUGACCAUUCCUCUCCCAAAAGACAAUGGGACCGGCUCUACCCUGACAUGCUGCAGUCAAGUUCCCAGCUGACUCAUUCCAGAUCCAAGGAGAGCCUUUGUAGUAUACGGAGGGCUUCUUCAGUGCAUGACAUAGAAGGAUUCAGCGUCCACCCCAAGAACAUAUUUAGAGACCGACAUGCCAGUGAAGGGCCUUUUAAUCAUAUCAAGUCAAGUCUCCUGGGAUCCACGUCGGAUUCAAACCUCAACAAAUACAGCACCAUUAACAAGAUUCCACAGCUUACUCUGAAUUUUUCAGAUGUCAAAACUGAAAAAAAGAACACAUCCCCUCCUUCUUCAGAUAAAACCAUUAUUGCACCCAAGGUUAAAGAUCGAACACACAAUGUGACAGAGAAAGUUACCCAGGUUCUCUCUUUAGGAGCAGAUGUCCUGCCCGAAUAUAAACUGCAGACGCCACGCAUCAACAAGUUUACAAUAUUACACUACAGUCCUUUCAAGGCAGUCUGGGAUUGGCUUAUUCUGCUGUUGGUCAUAUACACUGCUAUCUUCACUCCCUACUCUGCAGCCUUUCUCCUCAAUGACAGAGAAGAACAGAAAAGACGAGAAUGUGGCUAUUCCUGUAGCCCUUUGAAUGUGGUAGACUUGAUUGUGGAUAUUAUGUUUAUCAUAGAUAUUCUAAUAAACUUCAGGACAACAUACGUAAAUCAGAAUGAAGAAGUGGUAAGUGAUCCCGCCAAAAUAGCAAUACACUACUUCAAAGGCUGGUUCCUGAUUGACAUGGUUGCAGCAAUUCCUUUCGACUUGCUGAUUUUUGGAUCUGGUUCUGAUGAGACAACAACAUUAAUAGGUCUUUUGAAGACAGCUCGACUCCUUCGUCUUGUGCGAGUGGCCCGGAAACUUGAUCGAUAUUCGGAAUAUGGCGCUGCUGUUCUAAUGCUCUUAAUGUGCAUAUUUGCCCUGAUUGCUCACUGGCUGGCUUGCAUUUGGUAUGCGAUUGGGAAUGUAGAAAGGCCCUACCUGACUGACAAAAUUGGAUGGUUGGAUUCCUUAGGACAACAAAUUGGGAAACGUUACAAUGACAGUGACUCAAGUUCUGGACCAUCCAUUAAAGACAAAUACGUCACAGCACUUUAUUUUACCUUCAGCAGUUUAACCAGUGUAGGAUUCGGGAAUGUGUCUCCUAACACCAAUUCGGAGAAAAUCUUUUCAAUUUGUGUCAUGUUGAUUGGCUCACUAAUGUAUGCAAGCAUUUUUGGGAAUGUAUCUGCAAUUAUCCAAAGACUAUACUCGGGAACUGCCAGGUACCACAUGCAGAUGCUGCGAGUAAAGGAGUUCAUUCGCUUUCACCAAAUCCCCAACCCUCUGAGGCAACGACUUGAAGAAUAUUUCCAGCACGCGUGGACUUACACCAAUGGCAUUGACAUGAACAUGGUCCUAAAGGGUUUCCCAGAGUGUUUACAAGCUGAUAUUUGUCUACAUCUCAACCAGACUUUGCUGCAAAACUGCAAAGCCUUUCGGGGGGCAAGUAAAGGUUGCCUUAGAGCUUUGGCAAUGAAGUUCAAGACCACCCAUGCACCUCCAGGAGACACCCUGGUUCACUGUGGGGAUGUCCUCACUGCACUUUAUUUCUUAUCCAGAGGUUCCAUCGAAAUCCUCAAAGAUGACAUUGUGGUAGCUAUUCUGGGAAAAAAUGAUAUAUUUGGAGAAAUGGUUCAUCUUUAUGCCAAACCUGGAAAGUCUAAUGCAGAUGUAAGAGCUCUCACCUACUGUGAUUUGCAUAAGAUCCAGAGAGAAGACUUGUUGGAGGUUUUGGAUAUGUAUCCUGAGUUCUCAGAUCACUUUCUCACAAACCUAGAGCUGACUUUCAACCUCAGGCAUGAGAGUGCAAAGUCUGAUCUCUUACUACGAUCCCAGUCCAUGAAUGACUCUGAAGGAGACAACUGUAAACUACGAAGAAGGAAAAUGUCAUUUGAUAGUGAAGGAGAAAAAGAUUUUGGCAAAGCAAACAGUACAAAUGAUCCUGAAGACUCUGUAGAUACCAUAAGAAAUUAUCAGAGUUCCAAGAAACACUUUGAAGAGAAAAAAAGCAGAUCUUCAUCUUUCAUCUCCUCCAUUGACGAUGAACAAAAGCCUCUCUUUUCAGGAAUAGUAGAUUCUCCUCCAAGAAUAGGGAAAGCAGCUGGACUCGAUUUUGAAGAAACAGUGCCCAUCUCAGGAAGAAUUCACAUAGAUAAAAGAAGUCACUCUUGCAAAGAUAUCUCUGACACAAGAGUCUGGGAACGAGAAAAUGCCCGGACUCAGGCUGAUGAGUCUAGUCCCUCAGCACUUCAGCGAGCUGCCUGGGGGAUCUCUGAAACCGAAAGUGACCUCACAUAUGGAGAAGUGGAGCAAAGACUAGAUUUGCUUCAAGAACAACUUAACAGACUUGAAUCCCAGAUGACUGCUGACAUCCAGACCAUCUUACAGCUACUGCAGAAACAAACUACUGUGGUCCCCCCAGCCUACAGUAUGGUAACUGCAGGAGCAGAGUAUCAGAGACCGGUCAUCGGCCUGAUGAGAACCAGUCAUCCGGUAGCAUCCAUCAAGACCCAUCGAAGUUUCAGUCCUUCCUCACAAUGCCCUGAAUUUCUAGACCUUGAAAAAUCUAAACUUAAAUCCAAAGAAUCCCUCUCAAGUGGGGUGCAUCUGAACACAGCUUCGGAAGACAACUUGACUUCACUUGUAAAACAAGACAGUGAUCUCUCUUUAGAGCUUCGCCCGAGGCAAAGAAAAACUUACCUUCCUCCAAUUAGGCAUCCUUCUUUGACAGAUUCAUCCCUAAGCACUGUAGGAAUCUUGGGUCUUCAUAGGCAUGUUUCUGAUCCUGGUCUUCCAGGGAAAUAAUCAUUUUGUACCAUUUACUCCACAUACAAUGUAAGUGCUUUUAAUGGCUGUUUUCCUUUUUGUAUUUAAAUCCUCUCUACUUGACUCAGGGGCUCACAAGGUACCAUUAUAUGCAAAAGUACUGUAUAUUUUCCUAAAUUGAAGCUUGUAAGGUAUAAUUGAGCAGUUAGGAUGUAAAUAUACAUAUGAACUCUUUUGUUCCAAAUGUUAAAACUGCCAGCAUCUCAAGGCACCUUAUUUUUUUUUAUUUUUUAAAUCAUCUGCAUGUUAGGAAACUCCAGUUUCUCUUGCAUGGAGACUCCUAUUUACUGCUUUUACUAAACCAGUACUUUGUUAUGAAAAUGCCUUCCAAGCAAAUAAGACACUAAGGGAUAAAACUGUUCAUGGAUGCAACUCAGAUGAUCCUCAACUCACGGUAGUUCAAGGGGGAGAAAGAGAACUUUAGUCACUUUUGAGAACAGAUACCCUUCUGUAUCGAGAUGUUUAUAGUUAAUUACAUUCAUUCCACCACACUGGAAAAAAACAGUUUUAGAGUUAUAAAGCUCUGACAGUAUAGGAAGCCAUCUCCAAAUACAUGAAUGUAGGCCAGCAUUAAUGAGGACAAAAAGGCCUUUCUAUUUAAAAUCCUGCCUCUAACUGCAUUCACAAACUACCUAAAAUAUUUUCCACUGGCACAUUUCCUUGAAUGCUUAGAAACAAGUUUCUCUAAUUUUUCUGUUUUGGGGGGGGUGGGAUGGAGUCUCCUUAAGAACUGCUAAAAUGUGACUGUCACAAACUGACAUCCACAGCUUUCUUCUGAUCCAUAUUUUAGGGCAAUCCUGAAUUUGAUCAAAAGAAUGGACGCACAUAGUUUUCUUUUCAAAAAAUGUGCAUUUUUAAUGAAUUUGCAUGGCAAAAUUAGCUUCCAUUAAGUAUAUGUUGUUCUAUGGCUUUCUAAUCCCAGCUGUGGAAAAACAAUGUGCAUUUACCUGCCUAUAAAGGAAAUGCACACACUCCAAUAAAAUUUCAGUUUUGUUUGGUUAUCAAACAUGUUUGCUAAUCGAAGAUUAAAUGAAAAUCUUUUAUAUAUGGAUUGGGCUGAAUAUAUAUUGACCCCAGAAUACUGGAACAUACAAUGAAAUAUAUUUUAAUAUCUUCAACUAUCUUCAACUGUUAGACUGGGGGUGGGUAGGUGUAUGUGUCUCAUAAAAUCAGGGUAUUGAAAAAAUUGCAAGUUAAGAUUCUGAUUAGUCAGUUUCUAGUUAAGCUUUACUUUUUGAGUACAAUUUUAAACUUAUUACGGACUGCUCCAUUAUAUCCUUUCCUUCUGAACAAAAUUUUGAAGUUUUUCGAAAGUUUCUUCAUCCUUUGCAAAUACUUACACUCACAUGUAUUUUUAAAGA